AAUCGAUGUUUUUGCCCGAAAAUAAACAGGCUGGGGCUGCGAACCGCCCACUUCCUGAAACACCUGUCAGACAGGUAGAAGCCCAACAUGGACGCGAAGAGACCGCAUCUACAGCUCUGACUUGCUUUGUUUCAUUUUGUAUUUUGUAUUCCUUCCCCACGUAUAUUACUCCUUUAUUAAAAUAUGGGGUGCCCUCAACAUCCAAAAACCGUCUUGUUCCGCCUCCUGAUCCUCAGUUUUGCCUUGUGCCCGGUGCGUCCCAUGCAGAUCAGCUGCUCAGAUACCCUGCAGGCCAUCCAAGGCGAGGUCAUCACCCUCAGCUGCUCCUUCUACUCCACCAGUCCCGCCAGCAGCCACACCUCUGUGGAAUGGUCAUAUCGAGCAAAAGGAGGUGGUGACACACUGUCGGUAUUUCACUUCAUUUCCCAGCCUUACCUGCCCACAGAGGGCAGCUUCAUGGGCCGCAUAAAGUGGCCGGGGAACCUCGCCAGAGGCGACGCCUCCCUCCAGCUGCACAACGCUUCCCUUAGCGACAAUGGGACCUACACCUGUGCCGUGAGGAACCCCCCCGGCGAUGUCCACGGAUCCCCUUGCCAGACUGAGCUCACAGUCACUCCUAGGGGGACGAGCGUACGCUUCUCAGACAUGGCGGUCUUGAUGGCAUUCAUCUUGAUACCCUCAGCCAUCAUCACAUUGGUGUUGCUGGGUUCCAUUUGCUGCUCUUGGCACGAGAAGGCUACAGUCAGGCGUUCACCCAUCGAAGUCACUGAUGUAGAGGAGUUUGGCCACAGCAGGAACAAAAUGAAAAAUGGCCCCUUCCCUUGCUGUGAGCUGUACCUGCAGGAAUCAGCCAAUGAUGAGGAAUUCUGUCCAUGCACAGAGAAGCAUGAAAAAGAACCCAUUGCUGAAUCUCAGUGCUAAUAGCUGUCAUUGCUGGGAAGGUGCACGCCCCUCAGUUUGAAAAGAGAACCGAGACUAGAGCGUGAAUCUAUGCAAAAAUUGCUAAGUCAGUCUCACUUCCUGCUGAUAUUUAAAAUGCCUGUUCUUGUUUCCAUGGCUACGAGGUAGAAGCUUGAUGACUAAGCUUGAUGCCGUAAUCUCAGUUUGAUCCUCAGGGACCCUCAGACAGUCCACGUAAUUGCUCCUUCCAAGCUCCUGGUAAGCUCCCAGCUGAGGGAGCAGAAAUGUGGACGGUCCGGUAAUGAGCACUGAGGGAGCAAAAACCAUCUGGAGGUCCCUGUAGACCGGGUUGAGAAACACUGCUGUAACCAAAAGGGGUUUGCUUUUGAGUUACCUAUCUCCUUUACUUUUUCAGGAGAACCUGUGUAUAUACAAACAAGCCAAACGUAAACAGUGACCCUGUAUAGCACUAAAUUGUAUUAAUUGUACUAUUUUGUUGUAAGAUCAGUCUUUGUUUUGAUUGUGGCAAUUUUGCAGUUAUUUAUUUUAUGAUUUUUGGACAUUGUCACUCAUCGGAGACGUGCCAUUAAUAGUCUCAAUGUACAUUAUGCACUUGCUCUUCUGUUUCAGUACAUGUGGAUGUCUGAUAUCGAGUUAUUCUGCUUUAACACGUUCAGUGCAGAAGAAUGGAACUGGUAUGUAAAUGAAUCUGAGACACUGAUAUGUUUCAUUAACGUGACAGUGACAUAAGUGCUCUUUUGCUUUCGACGGGUUAACUUGUUAAGAUUUAUACAAACCUGGCAAUAAACUACUUUCUGCUGUGA